AUGCCCAUCUACCUUUUACGAGUAUCCCUAGACCAUCUCUCCUUUCGUCUACCAUCUCUCAUCUCAAUCGGUGAUCUAUAUGGAUUCUCUAUCAACUUUCUCUCCGAAGACACAUCUAGAGCUGGUCUCGUCAUCGAGCUCGAGCACGAGUCUCAUCUUCAGCAUAUCCUCGAUCGAGGUGUUCUUGUGAUUUCUGCAAUAGAAUUACUAGCUAAAGGAACGUCAUAUGAUAUCCUGCAUGAUCAGCUUCGUGCCAAAAUUACAGAUGUCGCUCAUGGCGAGGGCAAGUCAUGGCGUUUCACGUUUGAGAGUGUCAACCAUCACGUUCCACAUAAAAGGCAAUUGGAGGUGAUCAAAUCUUUCCCCUAUCUCGACUUUAAAGGUCCAAUACAAGUCAAAGAUCCGGAUGUGGAAUAUGUUAUACUGGAAGAUUACGACUGGCCAUACGAAAAUAGUCAUCAAGUGCUUAGUAACGAAGAGAGGGACGGUAAAUUCCGAUAUGUCUUCUUCGGUCGUCGGGCUGGUCACUCUCGCGCCAGACCUCUCAUAGUUUCACAAAGCAUAAAAACUCGCAAGUACUACGGUACCACUACUAUGGAAGCUGAAAUGGGACUUCUUAUGGCCGGUCAAACCCUGCCUGCCCCAGGUAAGAUCAUCUACGAUCCGUUUGUCGGAACCGGAUCGGCAUUAUACGGGUGUGCUCAUUGGGGAGCGUAUGUCAUGGGGUCUGAUAUCGACGGAAGACAGAUGAGAGGUCGAAGAAAAGGGAAAGGCGUCACAUCUGGGAUACUCGAAAACGCCGACCAAUACGGUUUAUCAGAUCAAAUUCUCGACCUCUUGACGUUCGACGUCACACGGGCACCUUUGCGAAGAGGAGGAUGGGUAGACGCAAUCAUCACUGAUCCACCAUACGGGGUGAGAGCAGGUGCUAAACGACAAGGCAAACGAAAUCCGGAGAAACGACCUGUUGCAGAACAGCCUGUAUUGUUAGAGGAUGGCAGCUAUUCACAUAAAAAAGAUACAUAUGUACCACCUUUCAGACCAUACGAACUUACAGAUCUUACCGUCGAUUUGGUACUGCUCGCUCGAUAUCUUCUCGUACCAAAGGGAAGACUAGUAUUCUUCUUACCCACAGUCACGGAAGAUUAUGAUGAAGUCGACAUACCGUUGGUGCAAGGUAUGAGGGAAAUCAAGAUUGGUCAUGGAAGUGUACAAUCCUUCGGCAAAUGGGGACGUCGAUUGAUCACUAUGGAAAAGAUCGCGGAGGUUGAUGGUCCUCCCCCGACUUUUGAGAACCACGAGGUAUCAAAUGAUAAUGUGCCGGGUCAUCAUCAGUUCAAUCGGAGAGUGAGUCAAUUGUGUCAGUCUCACUAG